AUGGACACGCGGGCCUCGCCAGCGUGUGCACCGCGAAGGCGCGUCCAACGAGAACGCAGCAGCCGACGCGAGGAUUCCGUCGCUGCGGUUCCCCGAACUGCAGCUGUUGUACAACAUAGCGAGAGGCCACGGAGAAUCUUCGUUUCCCCUGGACGCCUACCGUGCCGCGAAAAAGGUCUACGCUGGGUUGCUUCAGCAGGCGCAGAAGCUUCAACAGCAUCGCAAGGAGCUGAGACACGAGCAAGUGGUGGUCUCGACGGCAGCGGAGCCGGCCGCUUCGUAUAUUCAGGGGGUCUUGGGGCUGUGCCUCGCAUUGGGGUUCAGGCGCCAGGUGUACGUACACCCCAACGUGCCGUUUCUGGAGGACGGCCUCGUUGGUCCCCACAAAGCCCCAAGAGACGAGGCGACAGUAGGCGACCUGCUGCCGUUCGAUCCGCUGAGCGCGCUGCCGUGGCGGGGGGCCCCUGUGGACGCGACACUCUACACGGAGGCCCUCGAGGCGGUGCGCGCAGGCUUGCAGAAGGCAGUCCUUGUGGAAGUUCCCAGCUGCACGCCGGGGGGCUCUCUGCUGAUGUGCAGCAAGGAGCUGCACCAGUUGCCGUGGAACGUGAACACGCAGCGUCUCAUAGAUCUCCUCCGGCUGCAGCUAGAAGCUCUUGUGCCUCGCGUAGGGGCGCAAGCCCCCCGGAUGGUGCAUCUGCUGCGGCGGCCUGGAAUUUGGCUGCUGCUGCGGCGACUGUUGGGAGGUAUCCUGGAGUGCUGCGGUCGGAGGUGCUGCGCUUUGCGACUCUUUUUCUCGAUUUGGUUCCGACCAAAACGUAUUGGAGUUCUCUGCAACUCGGAUGCCUACCCGAAGCCAUGGGACUGGUCACCGCCCUUGGAGCCGUCUUUGAGCGCCACACCCCUGAGGACGUAGCCGCGCUGGAGGCAGCAGCAGCAGCGGCAGCAGCAGCUCCCGCUGCUGAUCUGGGAAAGCAGGACGCUGGGGCAGCACGCCGUCGGCUUAUCCCUUCGACGCAUGCUCAUCACUACCACCAGCAUGGCAGUGGCACCGCCUUUCUAGAGCUCAAGAACCCCCCCAAAGAUCCACUGUGGCAGGGGCCCGUGGCUGCGUACGCCGUGGAGCAGGAGGCCGCAGUGGCAGCUGCUGCGCACUGGAGCCUCGGAUUCCGAGACGGCGGAGCCGAUCCACGACGAGAGGGCAGCAAGUAUCGCGGCACAAGCCAGGGCCCUAUGGCUUGGCAGCCCCUUGUUUCGUCAGGAGGAUUUUACUGUGCGAGAUGUGCCCGCAAGAAAUGGAGGUAUACGAGCGAAGGCCCGCGGACGCUGUCAUCGGCAGCAGCAGCGCCGUGGGCAGCAGGAUGCCAACUCGGCGCUUAA